AUGAGAGAAGAGCAGAAAGAGGAUGACAGAAAGCCAAAAGGGGAUGACAAUGAGAGUGAUACUAAGAAGGAUGAGCCGAAAGGGGAUGACGAUGGGCUGAAAGGGGAGGACGACGAGCCGAAUGAGGACGUCGCGCCGAUUGAUGAUGAGGAAGAGCCGAAAGAGGAUGACGGAAAGCCAAAAUGGGAUGACGACAAGCCGAAAGGGGAUGACAAUGAGAGUGAUACUAAGAAGGACGAGCCGAAAUGGGAUGACAACGGGCUGAAAGGGGAGGACGACGAGCCAAAUGAGGACGUCACGCCGAUUGACGUUGAGGAAGAGCUGAAAGAGGAUGACGGAAAGCAUAAAGGGGAUGACGACAAGCCGAAAGGGGAUAACAAUGAGAGUGAUACUAAGAAGGAUGAGCCGAAAGGGGAUGACGACGGGCCGAAAGGGGCGGACGACGAGCCGAAUGAGGAAGUCGUCCCGAUUGAUGAUGAGGAAGAGCCGAAAGAGGAUGACGGAAAGCCGAAAGUGGAUGACGAAAAGCCGAAAGGGAAUGAAAAUGAGAGUGAAAAUAAGAAGGGAUGGCAAUGA